AUGGAGGGCUGCUGCCGGGCCUGCAUGCCGUGCCUCGGCCGGCUCUGGACCUGGAUCUGGCCCGACUGCCGCUACCCGAACGUGCCGAACCAGGACCAUCUCCGCACCGUGUCCGGGGACAUCCGGGCCCCGGCGCCCCGGAAGCGGCCCGUGCAGCUGUACGCGGCCCUGUUCGACUUCGUGGCCCGGAGCGAGGACGAGCUGACGGUGAAGGAGGGGGACAAGCUGUCGGUCCUGGAGACCCGGGGGGACUACGUGCUGGCCAAGAAGCUCACCGGGUCCCUGGAGUCCGGCCUGGUCCCGGCCAACUACCUGGCGCUGCUGCAGGACGAGUUCGCCAAGCACAAGUGGUACUAUGGGAACAUAAACCGAGUGAAAGCUGAGAAGCUGCUUCUGGCUGCCCAAAACAAAGAUGGCUCCUUCCUCGUUCGCAUCAGUGAGAGUCACAGCGACGAGUACACCAUCUCCGCUCGCAGCGAGGGGAAGGUCUACCACUUCAGGAUCCAGCGCUCCACCAUCGGAGCGUACUUCGUCUCUGAUAAGAUCUCCUUCGCCACGCUGGGCGAGCUCAUCUCCUACUACCAGAAGAACCCACGCAGCCUGGGGGUGCUGCUGCAGGAGCCGUGUGCCCAGCAGCGGGAGCUCUUCGACAUGGAGCCGUGGGAACGACCUCGAGAGGAGUUCAAGCUCCACAAGAAGCUGGGAGAAGGUCACUUCGGGGAGGUGUGGGAGGCGCAGUGGACCACGGAGAACAAGAAGGUGGCCAUCAAGAUGCUCAAGCAAGAGGACACGAAGCAGGACGAGUUUGUGAAGGAGGUCCAGGCGCUGAAGAGCCUCCAUCACCCGAAGCUCAUCCAGCUGCUCGCCAUGUGCUCCAGAGGAGAGCCGGUCUACAUCGUCACCGAGCUCAUGAGCAAAGGAAGCCUCAAGUCCUACCUCGCCUCGGCUGAAGGUCAGGUGCUGACCUCCGCUCACCUCAUCUAACUGGAGGACAGGAACAUCGUCCACCGGGACCUGGCGGCCAGGAACGUCCUUGUGGGGGACGACCUGGUCUGCAAGGUGGCCGACUUCGGCCUGGCUCGCAUCAUCAAGGACAGUGUUUACACCGCCAGCAGGAACACAAAGAUUCCCGUUCGCUGGACGGCGCCGGAGGCGGCGAUCUACCAGCGCUUCUCCGUCAAGUCAGACGUUUGGUCGUUUGGCGUUUUACUGUACGAGAUGAUGUCACGUGGCAAAAUGCCUUAUGAAGGGAAAAACAACAAGGAGGUGUUGGACCUGCUGUCCUCUGGGUUCCGGCUGCCCUGUCCCACCCGAUGUCCUCAGAACAUUUACCGUAUCAUGAUGGACUGCUGGGCCGCCGAGCCGUCCAAGAGGCCGUCCUUCCACGCCCUGCACAGCCAGCUGGACUCCAUCUAUGCACGGAUAUAUUUCAAGACUAUAGAGGUAUAG